GCCGGGCGUCCGAAGAUGCGCGCACCCUCUUGAAUUCAUCUCGUUCCUAUGUAAUUCGCGACUGCGCCCAUGAGCCUCCUCGGUGGCUACAAGAAAAAGACCAGUUACGAUGGCUACGAAUCUUUGCAGUUGGUGGACAGCCGCGGAGACUUCAGUAACGGGGGGAGAGGCGGCGGCGGCGGAGGCGGCGGCGGCGGCGGCGGCGGCGGCUCGUUCGGCGGCGGCCUGACGGCGGCGUCCCUCGGCUCCAAGGCAGGCCUGGCGCGGCCGGACGACUACAGCACCAUGGACAGCGCAGAUAUGGAUGGGAGCUAUGGGGGGGGACUGCUAGACAUGGUCAAAGGAGGCGCUGGAAAGUUCUUCAGCAACUUCAAGGACAACCUGAAGGACACCAUCAAAGACACCUCCACCAAGGUUAUGAAUCAAGUAGCCACAUACACAAAAGGAGAGUUGGACAUCGCCUACGUCACCUCUCGUAUCAUAGUGAUGUCAUAUCCUGCUGAGGCAGUGGAGCUGGGCUACAGGAACCAUGUGGAGGACAUCCGCUCUUUUCUGGACUCACGCCACGCUGACCACUACACUGUUUUCAACCUGUCCCAGAGAAACUACCGUGGAGCCAAGUUCUCUAACCGGGUAUCUGAAUGCAACUGGCCCUCCAAGCAAGCCCCUAGCCUUCACAACCUGUUCGCUGUGUGUAAGAACAUGCACAACUGGCUCAAGCAAAACCCUAAGAACGUGUGUGUGAUCACUUGCUCGGAUGCCAGAGCUUCCAUGGGCGUGCUGGUCUGUGCCAUGUUCUGCUUCUGUCACCUCUUUGCCAACCCGCUGCCCGCCAUGCAGCUGCUCAGCGCCAAGAGGCCCACGACUGGACUCUGGCCCUCACACAGGAGGUACGUAGGCUACGUGUGCAGCAUGGUGGCAGAGAAACCCACAGUGCCGCAUUCCAAGCCGCUUGUCAUCAAAUCUGUCACCAUGAGUCCCGUACCCUGCUUCAACAAACAACGCAGUGGCUGUCGGCCAUUUUGUGACGUCCUGAUCGGCGAGACCAAGAUGAUCUCCACUGCUCAGGACUAUGAGAGAAUGAGGGAGUACCGGGUGCAUGAGGGCAAAGUGGUCUUUCCCCUUGGAGUGAGUGUCCAGGGAGACGUCGUGAUCUCCGUCUACCACAUGCGCUCCCAUGCACUGCAAGCCAAGGUGACCAACACACAGAUAUUCCAGAUUCAGUUCCAUACAGGCUUUAUUUCCCCUGGCACCACAGUCUUAAAGUUUAUGAAGUCAGAGCUGGACGCAUGCGAUUCUCCAGAGAAGUAUCCACAGCUGUUCCAUGUGCUGCUGGAAAUCGAGGUGGAGAACACAGAUAAGCAGAAAGACCUUACCCCACCCUGGGAGCAGUUCCCCACCAAAGACCUGAGCCCAAAUGUGCUCUUCUCCUCACACCAGGAGCACAAGGACACGCUUGCCAUGGCAGAUCCUGCGCAGGGUCACGGAGCCCUCGGGGGCCGACUGGGGCCCAACGAAGAGAGUGAGCCAUCAGACGAUGAGAUGCUGUCCCUCUCCAGCCAGCAGAGCAAUGCCAGCAGCGAGAAAGCCACAGGGGCCAAAAAGGCAGACGCUCGGCCAGGCCCUGCCCCUGCCCCUCCACCCGGCCCCGCCCCUGCGCCUGCCGAGGAUGUGGACCUUCUUGGCCUGGAUGGAGGUGAUGCUCCGCCUCCUCCAGCCUCUCCACAACUCCCUGGCACCACAGCCGCCACCGCCGCCGACUUACUGGGAGACCUAUUUGGGGCUCCGCCUCCGCAGCCCGCGAGUGGCCCUGCCUCCGCCCAGUCCACCCCUAGGAGAUCCGCCCCCUCUACGUCGCCAUGUCCCUCGCCUCGGCCUGCAGACAGCUUCGACCUGUUUGGGUCAGCAUCGGCUGCUGCUGGCACCCCAAAGCCUGCGGACUUCAUGGGGGCGUUCCUGGGCCCAGGUAUUAUGGGGCAGCCGGACCCGUUCCUGCAUGCCACACGAUCUCCGUCUCCUACUGUGCAGAGCAGGGGCAUGGGCCGCAGCUCACCUGCACCGCCCGCCACCCCCACCGUGAACAUCCAGCAGCAGAGCGCGAUGGGAGGAUGGGACUGGAACAGAGCCACAGUGCCAGGUGGAGGGUUAGGCAUGGGGAGCAAGUCAGCCAGCACGAGUCCAACUGGUUCUGUCCACAAUACUCCCUCCCACCAGGCCAAACCAAACACUCUGGACCCCUUCGCUGACUUGGGCAACCUAGGAGCCACUCUGGGAGGUGGUUCAGGAUUCUCCAGUAAACCCACCACCCCCACCGGAACAGGAGGAGGCUUCCCCCAAACGGGCUCCCCCCAGAGGCCUGCGCCCUCUCCCCAGCAUACUUCCACCGGAGGGUGGCAGCCCAGCGCCGGCUUCCCCUCGUGGCAGCCAGGCGGUGGGAGCCAGUGGCAGCCCCAGGGUCAGGCUUCCCAUCCGGUCCAGGCCAAAGCUCCAGGGCCCUCCAUGCCACACAGCUCUCCCCAGAACAGGCCCAACUACAACGUCAGCUUCUCCGGCAUGAGCGGGGGUCCACCAGGGGGCGCUGGCGUAAAAGCACAAUCUAGCAUGGGAACCAAGCCGAAGGCCACAGCUGCUAACUUUGAUGACCUGCUGUCUGGUCAAGGCUUCAUGGGCAGCAAAGACAAGAAGGGCCCGAAGACUAUAGCGGAGAUGAGAAAGGAGGAGUUGGCAAAAGAGAUGGACCCAGAGAAACUCAAGAUCCUGGACUGGAUUGAAGGGAAGGAACGCAACAUCCGGGCUCUGCUGUCCACCAUGCACACGGUGCUGUGGGAGGGAGAGACACGCUGGAAACCCAUCAGCAUGGCCGACCUGGUCACCCCCGAACAGGUGAAGAAGGUGUAUCGCAAGGCUGUGCUGGUCGUGCACCCCGACAAGGCCACUGGACAGCCCUAUGAACAAUAUGCCAAGAUGAUUUUUAUGGAACUAAACGAUGCCUGGUCAGAAUUUGAAAGCCAAGGACAGAAAGCUCUGUACUGAGACUUUCAUCAAAACAAGCACCCUCUCAACAACCCACCCUUCAGCGGCCAAUGAUACAACCAUUGAGCUGUUUGUCCCCAGAGCAGUAUGUAUGUGACACCCCACCACGCCUCCAGCACACACACUGAGUGCUCUUCUCCCGCUCAUGAACCCAGCUCCUAUAGGCACAGCAACGUGUACAGCAGAGUAGCCUGAGGGUCCGUCUCACGACUUAUAGAACUGCUAUCUGAUAAAACAAUUAAAGCAGGCAAACCACUCUGAAACUUGGUGCAUUUUUUGGGUGAAUGUGGGCAUGGUCAUAUUUCCUCCAGGCAGGCGCUUCUACGUAGACGUUUUGUUUUGUUUUUGUUUGUUUGUUUGACCAGCAAGCUCAGUUCGGCUCAGUUGUGGUUCAGGCGCUCGGCGCGCUGUGGAGGCAGGGGUUUUCUCUGGCGCCACGCCUAACAGCUGCAAACUAGAAGUGGAUCUCAUCAGUGUUGCAAAUACAGGGGUGUUCACUGGAGCUGUUCAGCCAAAUGCACACUUUACGCAUGUCUGUGGUGAAUCGUCUUGCUCAGGCAUAUCACGAGUGUUGCCUGGAGUGGAGAGCAAAAGUCAGAGGCUAGCAGAAGGUAACGGUGUAAUUAUAUACAAAAUAGGAACUGUGGAGUGCUUUAAACUUCAUCCAGAACAUCCAGCACGGAACAUCCAGCACGGAACAUCCAGCACGGAACAUCCAGCACGGAACAUCCAGCAUGGAACAUGCAACACUGGAAAUUAAAACAGCAUAGGAUUGUUCAUUCCCACAGAAUGAGAGGCUACAGUUUGUCUUCUUCAUGCAGAAUAAUUUCUGAUCAUUAUCUUUGGUGUUCAGAAAGGUACCCAUCUUGCUAUUUUUGGCAGCCCAUUUAACUGUAAGCAACAGUAACUACUAGAAGUUGAAUUUUCUCCUAGUUUCUAAUGACUACUAAUGUAUCUGUGUAUGGAAUGUGUUGCACUGUAUCUUAUGAUAUACUGUUUACAAAAGUAAAGUUUUAAGAUAAUGGAUUUAUUCAUAAUAUAGCAACUACAACACAACAGCAAAACAGCAUAUUUACACUACAGUGUAAAUAUUUACACUACAGUGGCACUGAAUUGUUCUCACUUGAGGCAUAAGACAUCCUUGUUACAAUGUAUGUUUAUUUAAUCAUGUCAUGCAAAUAUAAUUUUUUUUUUUUACAGUGCAUAUUUAGCUAAAUUAGAUCGAUCUUGUCGGAUUAAUUGACUGAUUGAAAGGAGAAUGUAGGUAUUGAGUCAAAUAGGAUAGAUUAUUGAAGCAACUUGACAGAUUGUUGUUAUUAUUUAUGAAAUUUCAUACAUUCCAGCAAUUUCUUUUUCAAUUUCACAUCGGGCUGUACCAUAUGAAAUGUUCACUAAACAUUCUGAUCUUUCGUACACUGUCUAAUCAAAGGCCACCUUUGUAAACAGGAAUUUGUUUUAACUGACUAGCCUUGUUAAAGAAUGGGUAAUGGAUUAAAUAGAAAUAAUUCAGACAGAUGCGAAACUAAAUUCAGACAAACAAUUUAACAUUUUUAUGUAAGUGUAAUAUUGAUGCAAUAUUUGUUAAAAUAUUAUUUAUUGUAAUAAAUGGUAUAUAUGUAAUAUUGUGAUAAUGUAUCAGAAUAUUGCCUUUAUUGCCACACCCCUUAAUACUCACUGGUGACAGACUGCGUUGAAGUACAUAAGAACAUAGAAUUGCUCAAGGAUGUAAUGCGCCAUCAUCCUCUGUUCUAAAAUACACGUUGAAUCUUUGAGGGGGGAAAAAGGUUUUGUAGUUUUGAUGUUUAUUUUUUAAAUCUUGUUAAAUACAUUUGAGUGGAACAGCCCUACUCAUUGAUAUAAAUUAUUUGCUGUGCAGAACUGAACAGGAUUUGGGCUCAUUUCAUGUUAUUUGUAACUUCUCUGCAUUGCUGUCUAUUUUCCUAGUUUGUUAACCAGUCCUGGCAGGCUUUGUCUCUUCUUUGGUCAGCGAAUGUGAGGGAUGGAAAUCCUGUUAAAACUGCAUUGAUUAUUCUACUUACAGGUAUUUUCUAAUUUCACAUUCAUUUAAAGCAGACCUCAAUCUCGCCACCUGCUCUGACAAACAGUGUGCUGACCUUCCUCAGUUCUUUAUAAGGGAAAGAAAACCCCCCCCACAAAACCAGAUCAACCUCCGAGACAUUUUGGUAGCUUCAUGAACAGUGUGUAGGACUGUAACUACAUUGUCCAGAGAGAAAUACUCUGUGUUGUACAACCACAAACUCUGCCCUUUCUCUCUCAGUAUAUUUGCACUUGAAUGACAUUAUACAAAUACAACUUGCAGUAGACAAGUACAUUACAGUACCUACAUAUCCACAUACCCACUGCUCUUUGUUUUUCUGGUUAUGUUAUAGUGAACCUCUGAAAAAGGACUGCUCUCGACAUGUUUAAUUCUGCCAUUCGUUUCUUUAGAUUUCGGUUAUUUGUCUCACCCUUCACAAACAUCUCAGUGCUAAAAACCUGAGUGAAUGCACGUGGAUUUUUUUUAUCAGAAUUGCAAGAACUGUUUAUUCGAAAGACCCAUACAUCCAUGAUGGUACUUUCCUCUUGUGGACUGAAUUAUCUUUGAUCUUAGAAAUGUCCUAUCCCUCUACAGCUAACCUCUGUAUACAGUAGUGAAUGUGUGGUGUUUAUUGUCCUCUGUGAGAAAGUGGUUUGGAUACAGCUCCGUGUUUGCCUGUCUGCUGUAUCGGUAUUUACUCAUUUCCUGUGCCCUCUCCACUUCUGUCCCCCUAUUUGAUGCUGUGCUUAAGUACAUUGCACAAAUAAAUGGGCAAGAGAAAACAG